AUGUCUGCUUUCCCUAUUUCUGGCCCCACCGGCUACGGCCUUAUGUCUCUGACUGCUCGCCCAGAGCCUGUUCCACGUGAGCAGGCCUUUGCUGCUAUUAACAACGCCAUCAAGGACGGCGUCACGUUGCUCAACGGCGGCGAAUUCUAUGGCCCAAACUUCUUCAACCCAGACCCAACAGUGGAAAAACGGCCACUCGAAAACCUCAAGCUGUUGCAGGCGUAUUUCGCCAAGUACCCAGAAAACCGGUCUAAAGUGUCUGUUUGUAUCAAAGGAUGCGCCAGUCCUACCGGUACCGAUUGCUCCCCCGAAGCAGUCAAGAGAUCCAUCGAGAACAUUGCCUCGUUUUUCCCUGGCAACAAGUUCGAGCUGUUUGAAGCUGGCCGCAUGGACCCAAAGACACCAGUCGAGGAGUUCGUCAAGGCAUGCAUCCCCUUUAUUGAAAAAGGCGUUAUCAAGGGCAUCAGUCUGUCUGAGGUCAAUGCAAACACCAUCAGACGCGCUGCUGCCGUCUAUCCUAUUUCCUGUGUCGAGGUGGAACUCUCUCUGUGGAGCACCGACAUUCUGAAAAAUGGAGUUAUGGACACCUGCAAGGAGCUGAACAUCCCGAUAGUGGCAUACUCGCCGCUGGGAAGAGGCUACUUGACCGGCACGAUCAACUCCAUCGACGAUCUUCCACCUAACGAUCUGCGCCGUCUGUUGGACAGAUUUGCUUCGCAGGAAGCCAUCGACGCCAACAAACACCUUUUGGAGCGGAUCGGCAAGCUGGCUCAGAAAAAAGGAUGCACAUUGGCACAGAUCGCGCUCUCGUGGGUCAGAACGUUCAACGAGUACCCGGAAAAAUACGCCACGGUGAUUCCUAUUCCUUCAGCCUCGACGCCUGAGAGAAACCAUGAGAAUAACACUCACAUCAAGUUGACUCACGACGAGUUCGAGGAACUCAACAAGGCUGUGCAGGAGUGUGAGAUCUACGGUGACAGAUACAACGCUCAUCUGGCAGGUCUACUGAAUGGCUGA